AUGGUUUUGCGAAGCUUGGAGUAUUACAGGCUACAGGUAGCGCCUGUGCUAUCAGGGACUUUACCUCCUUCAUUUUGGACCCGUCUUAUUCCACAAAUGAUCUACCAUGAGCCAGUAAUCCGCAAUGCAGCUACUGCAGUGGGAUCCCUUUACGAGGAUUACCAGAAUGGCCUCACAAGAAACUUGAAGUCCUCAAAUAGAGACUUCGCCUUGACUCAGUAUAACAAAGCUAUCCACCACGUUGCUCAUUCCCAAACUGGGAACCUUGACAUCAUGAUUACACUCUGUAUCCUCUUCAUGAGCAUUGAAUUCCUAAGGGGAAACUCCAAUGCUGCACUGUUUCAUUAUCGACACGGGAGGAAAAUCUUGAACUCGUACAAUGCUCCUCCCCACCUUUUGGGGGUUUUUCGUCAGCUGAAUGUGUUCACUCUAUUCUACUCAGACUUUCUGGAUUCGCCUUUGAGCAAUGGGACAAUAAAUCCCUCUCCCAAUGGACCCUUCGAUGAUCUUACACAGGCACAAGAGAGCCUUGACUGGCUUACAUAUAGAUCCAUGAAUGUUUCUUUCGCACUCAAUCAGUGCAUUAUGAUGACGGAAGAUAAUGAGACCAUAAAUCUUCUUCUAUCGCAGGUGCGACAAUUGGACAGAGAUUUGGAUGUCUGGUCACAGGCCUUUACUCUAGUCAAAGGCGACCACGACCCUAGACCAAUACAUGGACCUAUAUGCCAGGUCCUUGAAGCCAGGUGGCUCAUUUGUAAGAUGUGGAUCAGUCAAAGUCCCGGAGACAGGUCUGUUCCAAGUCCGAGUCACGAUUAUCAAGGUCUGGAGUUUCAACGAAUCACCGAUCUCGCAUUCGGAGUUGCCCGGUUCGAGGCAAAAGAUUCGGUUGGAGUGAUCAUUGGCGCAGGGUUCCCUGCCGUGUUACAUUUCCUUAUCAUAAGAAGUCGAAGCUUAGAGCUCCGACUGGCUGCAUUAUCUUUGUUCAAAGAAAAGUGCUGCUUAGAGAUCUAUGCAACGUGGGAUUCCAAAUUACUGUACACGGCAGCGAAGACAGCCCUGGAGGAAGAGCAUGGAAUUUUACUGGGCUCAGAGUGGGUUGUGGGCGAUGAGUGGGACUUUGAAAGGCUACUCCGUGCUAAGACCCUCCGGCGGCAGGCGAUGUUCAAGCGUGCUCACUUUCUGUGCCCUUGGGCUGUUGUAAUGAUAGAUGCGUGCGAAAAGACUGAGCAACUCAAGCUUUGA